AGGAAGACCAACCUCGAGCAAAGAUGGCGACUCGCAUUUGUCUGUAGUGGGCAUACGACAGAAAAUACCACGAAUAUAAGUAUCUAGUCUUAUGUUUAUUUUAUUGUUCCAGUAGUGGACAUUAAAAGCUAGAGACGAAUUAUAUAUUAUACCUGUAUAAGUGCGGUAAUUGUAAUUAGUUAGCUGCUAUGGCGAUGCAGAGUGGGACUGCACUUCAGGAGAAGGUCAGUCGGAUGUUGAGCAAAAAUCAGAAAAAGCCCCUUCUGAAACCCAACAAGCCACUUGUUCUAAAAGAUGAGGUCGCCAACAGGAAAAUGAAUAAAGGAGAGGCCACGUGCGUCACAGAGAUGUCCAUGAUGAUGGCAUGCUGGAAGCAGAACAACUUUGUGGACGCCCUCUGCUCAAAUGAAAUGCAGUCUUUCUACAAAUGUGUUGAGAAAGCCCAGAUUGCAAAGAAAGGCAAAUCAGAGCAACACACCAUCGGCCAGGGGGGACGCCUUGCACCUAAACAAGUCAAUACCCUGCUGAAGAGACACCCUACCCUACAGACAGAAAUAUAGGGAUGCCCCCAGCCCUGCCACCUCAGUGUGUCCUUGACCAUGGUUGUGGGCCAGGACUGUACACAUGGACAUGGUAGUGAUCACUCUUUAGUCCUUGGACUACUGAGGUCUAUACUGGGUACUGGAUGGCAAAGACCCAGACACAAUCACUCAUUGAAAACAUCACAAAAGGCUCACAGACGCCAGAUUUGGUUAAUCAACGAAGUGACUGAGCUACGGUUGCACUUUGUCUGAUUGCUGUGUUUAAUUCAGUAUGCUGUUAAAAGUAAUCGUUUAAAACAUUAGCAUUUGCCUCCAGUCAUAGAAUUUUUUUUUUUUGAAAAACAUGUAACUUCAAUCACUGUGAAAUAUGUUGAUGGGGAUUUUCAUUAGGCUUUUAUUUCUUACUAUAUUAUUACAUGGCUUUUUAUGAUGUCCUGCCAAUCUGUAUGAUAUUGUGUCUGCCCUUUAUGAAAAAGUAUCACUUAUUCCAGUGGCCUGAAUGGAUUUCCUUUUUAAGUUCUCUGAUUCGAUACUAAACAUUGGUUGCUAAUGAUGUAAAUGUUCUUGCACUAUUG